AUGAUGACUCUCCACUAUCUGGACACGGGAACCAUGCAGCUGGCUCUCCAGUUCCGUCGCGAGAUCUUCUACGUCCCGCUCAUGUAAAUCGUAAAGGCUUUGACUGACAAAAACGAAGCCGUCAUCUCCGCUGAGUUCAAAAGAGGCCGAAAGGGCCAUCAAUUCUUCGCUUCCUGUAUUCUCAACAUGUUGGCACAGUGCCAAGAAGAAGGAAUUAUACAUUCCCGGAUCACAAUCAAUCUCCCCGGUAUCCAAUACCUUUUUAUUUUUUUGAAACGCAGCUUUUUUCAGCAACGUGUACCAAUGUCAGAUGGGUAAACAGACAAUGGGAACGGCCGUCCAUGCGUGGCACGCAAGAGCAGCUAACAAAAUGUACAGACUGCAGUUUCCGCAGCAGCCACUGCUCAAAUUGGAAGCCUACGAGAAGUAUCAGAUGGACGAGUAUUAUAGGGGCACCGGACAGAAAGCGCGCGCUGUUCGCAAUCUGGCCGAAUUUCUAGGCCGCGAAUAUUUUUCCACUGAAAACGUGGCCUAA